AAGCUGCAUUAGCUUCAGAUUCUAAGGUUUGUGUUAAGGAUUCUACAAGCAGUACAGACAAAUCCCCCAAGAUAUAUUUUAAGCUGUUAAGGAUGUUAUUGUCUUUCAUUCCAGUCCUUUUGAGAUAUUUCAUGUUAUGUACACUAUAGGUUAACUAUGUGUUUAUGUUAUUUUUCCAUAAAUUACUAAUGGUUUUAUCAUUUUAAUUAAUAUAAAAUAGCAAAUAAUGGAGAUUGCUGCUGAGUAUGCUGAGAAGAGUGACAAAGAGCUUCCUUAUGUUCCGCCGGAAUCCAAUGAACCGAAUAUGUAUAUGAAUAUUGUGAAUGGAUUGACUCCUCUCGAUGAUAAACUCGGUCAAUUUUACACCUAUUUUGGACAAGAUACUUUCUAUAAUUGGCUUGAAGAUGGAUGUAGGGGCAAAAAAUAUAAGAAAAAAAUGUAUGCGGAUAAGGACAACAUCAUACCAGUUGAAUUUUGAAGUUGAACUCAUUGUGGAGAAGCUAUGGUUUUAUCAGUUGUAGUUUAAGGAUCAAUUUUUACACGACUCUCAUAUCAAUGUUGGUAUGUAUUAUUUACGCAAAAAGGCCAAGUAUUUCCCAGUUGAUGGUCUGCGUAUUACUACUUACUGUCUAUUUGAUGAUAUAAUCAGUGCGUUAUGGCAACAGUACGUUAAGAAGAAUCGUGAUGUGUCUGUUAUAAGUUUGUGCAAUGCUGGACCUGAUUUUAUUUGUGGAAAGAAAAUUAUGUGCAACACUCAUUGGAAGGAUGUGGAUGAAGUUCUUAUUCCGAUGAAUGUUGGGAAACAUAAACAUUGGAUUUUGGGUCGUUUGGUUUUCAAGGAUAGAUGUAUCUACUUGUAUAACUCUUUGGAUUCUGCUUUAGCGAGAAAAAAUGGAUUAGAAGCGGCAGAAAAAUAUGCAGUUUUAUUACCACUAUUUCUCGCUUCUUUGGAUUUGUUUGCGCUUCGAAGUGACAUUGAUAUGUCAUCUCCUGCUUAUCGAGAUAAGAAUCCAACUGAUGCUUUUUGGGUUGAAGUUGUAUCCGAUAUUCCAAGCCAGUCAGCGAAUGAUUGUGGAGCGUAUGUUUUAGCCUUUGCGGAGUAUUUGAUAAAGAAGACAUCUAUCCCAUCUGAUUUGAAUAUAGUCCAUCAUCGUGAUCGCAUUUUGUUUUUGCUUUAUGAGUAUGGCAUGAAGAAAUUGACUGGGAACAUUCACAGUGGUGAAGAAGUUAAGCCCAAGAACACAAAUCGGGAAUUGAAAAGACGUGCAAAGAAAACGAUUGCAGAAUAAUGAAUGUUUUCAUUAUGGACUUGUCGUUAGUCUGAUCAGACUUCUUAAUUUUAGUUUUUUAUAGGUAUUUAGUAUGCUUUUUGGCAGCUUAACUGACUGCUUCUUGUUAUCUUAUGUUUUUUUGAAUUGGUAAACCUUAGUUAAGUGUUAAGAAACCUUU